CUUUUCCCCUUUCUGGUCUUUCCCCCAGCUAAUCUUCAUCAUUGCUUCUCCCGCCGUGCUUCUACGCCUCUCCGGAGAUGGCAGAAGACUUGGCGAAUCUCUGCCGGUUUCUCUUCGAGGAGAGUGAUUUACCCUCGCCUGCAUCUGCCGAUCUCUUUCUUCGCCGCCUCCGAUCCGAUGACUCGAUCAAGCGCGGUCUCCGCCUUUUCUAUCUUAUCCUCCGUGACGCCGUCUCUCCGAUCGGCGGAGAUGAUGACUCCGGUAAGCUACGGUUGGAGGACUGGUCGGAUUCGCAGGUUCAGACUGCUGUUUCCAUCGCACGGGCGGUCCUUCUCCUGCUUCGAUCUCUAUCAGUGGACCAGGUAGAUCCGAUAGUUUUGGGUGUUACUCAAGAAAUUAUGGAAUUUUCUCUCUGUUUCUUGGAGAAGUUGGACUUCAGGCGAAGUGAUCUGAGGAAAGAGAUAAACAUUGACACAGUAUUGGAGAUUGCCUCUUUUGAUGGAAAUGAGAAACAUUAUGAUGUAUUGCCAGCUGUCAAUCCUGAUCAUGCUGCAGAUCUAUGGCCAGGGUUUUCUGUUUUGCGUGACGAUAUUGAGCCAUAUAGCCUUGUUCAAUGUACUUUUCAAGGUGGCAGGUGUUCAAAUGAAGACAAACCAGUAGACCAUCUUCUCAUAGAGUUAAUGUCUGAAUGUGUUCAACCUGAUGGCCAGAUUCAAUUAGUAGGAAAGCCCUCUUUUCCCCAAGAUCUGAGAAAGCUGAAUCCUUUGACACGACACCUGUUAGUUGUUCACCUCGGUUGUGUUCGGCGUCUGAUCAUGGUCUGUAAAGAACUCAUCCAAUUGCCCGACGGAUUUGAUGAGAAGAUGAUUGAUCCAGAUCUUCUUGAUAGACUAUCCUUCUGCUUAAGAAUUCUGAAGCUGCUUGGAAGUCUUUCCAAAGAUGUCCAUGGUAUAGAAAAUGAUGCUGCAUUGCUGCGAGCGGUAGCUUUAUUUGCAGAUGCAUUACCUAACCUGUUUGGAGUUUUCUUAGAUUUCUCGAACCACGCUGCUGUAGAGGGUAAUAUUGAGAGCCUUUCUCUUGCCUUGGUUGAAGGAUUUCUUAGUCUUCUCCAAAAUAUUUUUGGCAAGAACAAUGUUUUCCAGAAUGUUGAAGCAUGUAUAGCUGCUGGUCUGGUGAGGAGUUUAGAUGCCUCAGUGUGGAGGUAUGAUGCAUCCUCAUGUAAUGUGAGAUCUCCACUUGCUUACUUCCCUCGGACUGUUAUCUACAUGUGCAGACUCAUUCAAGAUAUCAAGAGACAAGCAUAUCAUAUCCAAGAUCUGAAGGUGUUUGGUCCAGAAUUCAACUGUGACAAUGCGAAUGCAUCUGUUGAUUUUGCUUAUUGUCAUCUGCAGCAGGAAAAGAUUCUCUUGCACAAGUGCUUUACUGCAGAGGAAAUAAUGAAGCUGAUAUUUCCUUCAUCAAGUCUGUGGGUGGACAAUCUCUUUCAUCUUGUUUAUUUCCUUCACCGUGAAGGCGCAAAAUUGCGGCCGAAGGUGGAGAGAAUCAGUUCCUUAAGAUCCAAUAGUAUUGCGGAAGUUGAAAGUCAAAUAUCUCAUGAAGAUGAUGCCCUGUUUGGAAACUUGUUUUCCGAGUGUAGUCGCUCUCUGUGUUCCAUCGAGCCAUAUGAUCAACCACCAGUUGCUGUCAGCAACAAUUUACCGUUGCAAGCUGCUAGGGAACUGCUGAGCUUUCUUAAAACAUGCAUAUUUUGUCAUGAAUGGCUUCCUACAGUAUAUGAAGAUGGAUGCAAAGCGCUUGAUGUGUGUCACAUCGAUAUUCUGCUCAAUAUAUUGAGCUGUAGUUUCUGUUGUCUUGAAGACAAGGCUUCUGAUAGUGGUUGUAUGCUCCAAGAAGAGGGAAAGUCUGGGUAUAUCAGUUCCGAGCUGUUAUUCAAUCUGCUGAGAACCCAUGCUCUGUCCGAUUCUCUUGAAUCUUACCUUAUUCGGCAAAUUCUGGUAGUUGAAAACGGUAACUUCAAAUAUACCGAUAAGACCUUGGCGCUGCUGGCUCACACAAUUUUUUGUAGGCCAGGCUUGGCUGGGGCACAGUUGAGAACCAAAAUUUGUGAUGGUUUUGUUACUUUCAUUGCUGAGAGGGCUAAUGAAAUCUGUUCUGGAGGCUUGAAUCCCAAUGAGUUCACUGUGGGUCUUCCCUCGGCUUUCCAUGUUCAGAUUGUUCUAAUGGCAUUCCAUUUAUCAGCUGAAGCAGAAAAGACUAAUUUGUCAAAUCUUAUUGCUUCAUGCCUGCAUAAGAUUAAUGUCCCAUCAGGAGUAUUUUGUGGCCCUCAGUUGUCCUGUUGGGCAAUGCUAAUCUCGAGGUUGUUAGUGCUAUUGCGCCAUAUGUUAUAUUAUCCAAGCACAUGUCCGACAUCAUUGCUUCUGGAUGUACGGUCAAAACUGAGGGAAGUUCGUGGCACUGGCACUAAUUUGCAUGUUAGUGAUGGUGAUCAAUCAUCUUCGUGGGUGUCUCUUGUAGCGAAGGAUAUAAUUGAAUCAUGGGCAGAGGAGGAGUCAUUGGCCAGCUUGAUCAGUGAGAUGAUUGACGCUGUCCCCCAUCCUCCUGGAGUGCAAAUGGAUGUGGCUGCUGCGAAACCCCUAUGCUUGAAUUGGGGAGAUCUGUCUGCAACUCUGUUCCAGAUUUUGGGGCUGUGGAAGGGCAAAAAGCCACAAAAUGUGGAGGAAUUGAUAGUUGAAAGAUAUGUUUUCAUGCUUUCUUGGGAUAUUUCUCUUGUUAGCUGUGCAUUGGAUAGUCAGCCUUCAUUCAAUGUUGACUACAAUAAUUUGGACAUAUCUAGCAUUGAGGACCUCAUCCGCACCAGUCAUUUGCUGUUAGGCCACUCCAAUGUUGCUGUUAAAGAUGUUGAGCUGAGAAGCAUCCUUAUCAGAGUUCUUUAUCAGCUUCAUGCAGCCACUGGGCAAGGGGUUGAUGACCUGGGGUGGGAUUUUAUCCGGGAAGGAUCCUGGCUCUCCCUUCUAUUGUAUUUUCUGAACGCUGGCAUCUGGGGCUAUUGCAAGAAAAAAUCAUGUCCAGAAAUUGAUUCAUUCUGGAGGGAAUGCACAUUGGUUGACGCUGAGUACAGUGAUGCUGCAGAAGGCAUCGUAUCUUGCUUGAUGGAAGCUGGUGAUACUGCAGAAUUGCUCAGAAUGCUGUCAUCAUUACUUAGCAAAUAUUUACAAGUGUAUAAGAAAGCUUUCCUUGCAACUUCCAGUACUGGCAAUGACCAUGCUAGUAGUCCACCAUUCUUGCUACUUCUUAAGCAUACCCAGUUUGGUAGAAGUCUCCAGGCUGAAUUUGAGAAAAAUGGUGGCAGUUCUCUCCAUCUUCAAUGCAUUUUGUACCUGUCAAAACUUGAUGCAGUUGGUGAUAGAAGAGGUUUGGGUAUUUUAUGCAAAGUUUUAUGGGAAUCCAUGGUACAUGGCUUUCCAAGUAGUCUUCAGAUCUCUAGCGCAGCUCUUCUUUCAUGUACUCUAAGCAUAAGAUCCAUUUUACUGUCAAUAUUUGGUUUGUUCAAGCUGGACAACUCAAUGGCUAAAGUCGUUGCUGAUCGUAGCAUGCUAAAGGAGCUGCUUAGCGCUGUCAUGAUUAUUAAGUUUGAUAAAAUCUUUGAAAGCUUGCAUGGGAAGUGUGAGGAGAUCCUCCAAAACGUAUAUGCUGCCUUGGAGCUUCCAGAUUUUUCCCAGUUGUUCCUUCUGAAAGACAUGGAAGGAUUUGUAACAGAUAUCAGUGCUGGGGAGAUAAAUGACAGCAAUGUGCUUGAAAGAGUGAUUACUGAGAUUGUGGAUGUUAUGGAUAAACUUAGCAAAGAUUCUUCAAGGUCUAAUAUUUUUAAAUUUUAUCUUGGGGUAGAUGCAAUCUCUAAGCAUGCCUGCGAAUUCUAUCAGUUGCAACGUGGUGAUCUGUCUGUUUUGAUUGACUCACUGGAUUACUGUUCGUCGGAAUUGGUAAACACAAAAGUACUCAACUUCCUUGUUGAUAUCUUGUCUGCAGAGUUGUGCUCUGAUCUCAGGAGAAGGAUAAGCCAAAAAUUUAUUGACAUGGACGUGGUAAAUUUGUCUGGGUGGCUGGAGAGAAGGCUGUUGGGUUCCCUAGUAGAGGCAAUAGAUGGAAAAAAGAUGGCAAGAGGAAAUUCUCUUCCUUUCAGAGAAGCAGCAAUGAAUUUUAUUAACUGUCUUGUGUCAUCGACAUCUGACUCAUCUAGUAGGGAAUUACAGGAUCAUUUAUUUGAGGCCAUGCUGAUCUCCCUCGAUACUGCUUUUCUGUUAUUUGAUAUCCACAUGGCCGUGUCACACUUCCAUUUUGUUCUUCAGCUCGCUAGGGAAGAAAACCUGAUGAAGUUGCUUUUGAAGAGAUCUCUAAAACUGAUGGAGAAGCUCGCAGGCAAUGAAAAGCUGCUUUCAGGUCUGAAGUUUCUUUUCAGUGUGAUGGCCACUUUGUUAAGAAAUUGUGGUUCUCCAAGAUAUGGAGAGAUUUCCCGUGGAAACUCCAGCAAUAAGAAUACUGCAACAGUUCAUUCAGUUCCAAAACCUGCAGGAUCAGUGAAGAAAUCUCAAGCAUUAACUCUCUCAGUUGAUCAGGAAGGGGGCUCCACACCACUUGAAUGUGAUGUGACUUCUGUUGAUGAAGAUGAAGAUGAUGGAACAUCUGAUGGUGAAGUAGCCAGCUUAGACAAGGAAGAUGAAGAAGAUGGUAACAGUGAGAGAUCUCUUGCCUCAAAAGUUUGUACAUUUACUUCCAGUGGUAGCAAUUUCAUUGAACAGCACUGGUAUUUUUGUUACACCUGUGACCUCACUGUAUCAAAGGGUUGUUGUUCUGUUUGCGCAAAAGUUUGCCACCGAGGACACCGUGUUGUCUAUUCACGAUCAAGUCGGUUUUUCUGUGACUGUGGGGCUGGGGGUGUUAGGGGUAGCAGUUGUCAGUGCUCGAAGCCCCGCAAGGUCACCAACACUGGAAGCACUCCUGCUCGUGGUGUGAGUACUUUUCAGUCUUUUUUACCCUUUUCUGAGGAUGCAGACCAGCUUGCAGAAAGUGAUUCAGAUUUGGAUGAAGAUGGCACCUUGGAAGAAAACUGUGAUGUGUUAUCUAUACCUAAAGAAAUUCAACAUCGGAUGCCAUUACUACUGGAAGAGCUUGGCAUAGAGGAUCGGGUUAUGGAACUUUGCUCUUCUUUGCUGCUGUCCAUAACUGGAAAACGAGACUCUGGCCUUUCAAAAGAUAAGCAAGUUAGUCUUGGAAAAGACAAGGUUCUUUUAUUUGUCACUGAUCUUUUGCAGCUGAAAAAAGCAUAUAAAAGCGGAUCACUAGACCUGAAAAUCAAGGCUGACUAUGCGAAUGCUAAGGACCUUAAAUCUCAUAUAGCCAGUGGCUCUCUUGUUAAGUCACUGCUCAGUGUCAGUGUUCGAGGUCGCCUUGCAGUUGGAGAAGGUGAUAAAGUUUCCAUAUUUGAUGUUGGACAGCUGGUAGGACAAGCCACAAUUGCACCCAUAAAUGCAGACAAGGCCAACGUUAAACCGCUUUCCAGGAAUAUUGUUCGCUUUGAGAUCGUGCAUCUUUCUUUCAACUCAGUUGUGGAGAGUUAUCUUGCUGUAGCAGGUCUUGAAGAUUGCCAGAUACUUACUUUGAAUCAUAGAGGUGAAGUGACUGACAGGCUUGCUGUUGAGCUUGUCCUAGAAGAUGCAUACAUCAGGCGAAUAGACUGGGUUCCUGGUUCACAGGUUCAACUAAUGGUGGUAACCAAUAAAUUCGUAAAGAUUUACGAUUUAUCCCUGGAUAACAUCAGUCCAACACACUACUUCACCUUGUCAAAUGGCAUGAUUGUGGAUGCAACCCUUUUUGUUGCUUCUCGUGGGAGGUUAAUUCUUAUUGUCCUUUCCGAACAAGGGAACCUGUAUCGGUUUGAAUUAUCUUUGGGUGAAAAUGCCGGGGCAACACCUCUAAAGGAAAUCAUUGAGAUUAGGGGCAAGGAUGUUAAGGGAAAGGGCUCAUCUGUUUAUUUCUCUCCAACAUAUCGACUUCUUUUCAUAUCCUAUCUGGAUGGAACUUCUCUAGUGGGUAGGCUUAGCCUGGACGCAACAUACUUCACAGAGACAUCUUGCAUAUUUGAAGAGGAACCAGAUGGUAAACAAAGGGCGGCUGGACUGCAUCGUUGGACAGAGUUGUUGGUUGGUAGUGGGUUAUUUGUUUGCUUCUCCAGCUUGAAGUCGAAUACUGCAUUAGUUCUAUCCAUGGGAGGUGAUGAAAUAUGUGCACAGAAUCUCCGUCAUCCUACAGGAUCAUCUUCCCCUAUAGUUGGAAUGACUGCAUAUAAACCUCUGUCAAAAGACAAUAUCCAUUGUCUUGUUCUCCAUGAUGAUGGCAGCCUUCAGAUAUACUCUCAUGUUCUGAUGGGAGUUGAUUCAGGUUCAAGUGCCACUGCUGAAAAAGUGAAAAAGUUGGGAUCUAAGAUCCUUAGUAAUAAAGUAUAUGCCGGUGCAAAGCCAGAUUUCCCCCUUGAUUUCUUUGAAAAAACAGUCUGUAUCUCAGCAGAUGUUAGACUUGGUGGUGAUGUUAUUAGAAAUGGUGAUUCUGAAGGAGCGAAACAGAAUUUGGCAUCUGAGGAUGGCUUUAUUGAGAGCCCUAGUCCUAUGGGCUUCAAGAUAUCAGUCUCCAAUCCAAACCCUGAUAUUGUUAUGGUUGGCCUCCGUGUGCAUGUGGGUAAUACAUCGGCAAGCUCUAUACCUUCUGAGAUUACCAUUUUUCAGAGGUUGAUAAAGAUGGAUGAGGGCAUGCGGUGCUGGUAUGACAUUCCAUUUACAGUGGCUGAAUCUCUUCUGGCUGAUGAAGAUUUCGUAAUCGCUGUUGGGCCAACCUUUAGUGGAACUGCAUUGCCAAGAAUAGACUCACUUGAAGUAUAUGGUCGCGCUAAAGAUGAAUUUGGCUGGAAAGAGAAAAUGGAAGCUGUGCUAGAUAUGGAAGCUCGUGUCCUUGGUUGCGGUUCCCUGGUUGCAGGAUCUAGAAAGAAGCGAGCUUCAAUUCAUUCUGCUUCCAUUCAGGAGCAAGUUUUUGCAGAUGGUCUCAAGCUUCUAGCAAAUUUUUAUUCAGUUUGUAGGGCACCACAAGAAGUGAAGCUUAGCGAAGUCAAGUGCAAGCAGCUACUGGAAGCAAUCUUUGAGAGCGACAGGGAAACCUUGUUACAAGCUGCAGCUUGCCGUGUUUUGCAUUCUGUUUUUCCAGAAAAGGAGAUGUACUACCAAGUCAAAGACACCAUGCGGCUUCUUGGAGUCAUCAAGGCAACCUCUAUUCUUUCUUCAAGUUUGGGUGUUUCCGGUGCUGGGGGUUGGAUUGUCAAAGAAUUCAGUGCUCAGAUGCAGGCAGUGUCUAAAAUUGCCUUGACACGAAAAUCAAAUUUUUCCAGCUUUCUGCAGAUGAAUGGUUCCGAGGUAGUGGAUAGUCUGAUGCACGUGCUGUGGGGAAUUUUGGAAUCCGAGCCCCUUGAUACCCAAACAAUGAAUAACAUUGUGAUGUCCUCCGUUGAAUUGAUCUAUAGCUAUGCUGAGUGCUUGGCAUCUCAAGGGAAGGAUGCUGAUAUGCAUUCUGUAGCUCCUGCUGUUCGGUUACUGAAAAAACUUAUAUUGUUCCCUAAUGAAGCUGUGCAAACUUCUAGCAGCUUAGCCAUAUCGUCAAGAUUACUUCAGGUUCCUUUCCCAAAGCAAACAAUGUUGACCACAGAUGAUGCGGUAGAUAAUGUUACAACUCCUGCGAUGCCUAUCAGAUCAGGGGGUGGCAGUGCACAAGUAAUGAUCGAGGAGGACUCAAUAACUUCAUCUGUCCAUUACUGUUGUGAUGGCUGCUCCACCGUUCCAAUACUGAGGAGAAGGUGGCACUGCACUGUCUGUCCAGAUUUUGAUUUAUGUGAGGCAUGCUAUGAAGUGUUAGAUGCAGAUCGUCUACCACCGCCUCACACUAGAGAUCAUCCUAUGACAGCAAUUGCAAUUGACGUGGAAUCACUAGGUGCAGACACCAACGAAAUCCAGUUUUCUGCUGAUGAAGCUGGUGUUUCAAACCUAAUACCGGUAAUAACUAGUAGUGGCUCGCAAACUUCAGCUCCCUCGAUCCAUGUCUUAGAACCGGGUGAGUCUGGUGAAUUUUCUGCUUCAAUGACCGAUCCUGUCUCCAUCUCGGCUUCAAAGCGUGCUGUGAAUUCCUUGAUUCUGUCUGAGCUUCUCGAAGAAUUGAGCGGAUGGAUGGGGACAGCGUCUGGUGUUCAAGCUGUCCCUGUCAUGCAAUUACUUUACAGAUUAUCAUCUGCCAUUGGUGGAGCUUUCAUGGAUAGCUCAAAUCCUGGAGACAUAAGCUUAGAAAGGUUGAUUAACUGGCUUUUGGAAGAAAUCGACCUCAGCAAACCAUUUUCUGCUAGAACUCGCUCUUCCUUCGGGGAAGUUGUGAUCCUUGUGUUUAUGUUUUUCACCUUGAUGCUUCGAAAUUGGCACCAGCCUGGCAGUGACAGUACUAGUUCCAGAGCAAGUGGAAGUACAGAUGCACAUGAUCGGAGGAGUGCCCAGAGCUCCAUUUCAAUCGUUUCUCAGUCUUUAGAUGCUCAAGAAAGAGAAGACUUUACAUCUCAGCUGCUCCGAGCUUCCGGUCGCUUAAGGACCCAACAGUUUGUUAAUUAUCUAAUGAACAUACUUCAACAGCUGGUGCACGUUUUCAAGUCCCCUACUGCUAGUGCUGAAUGUGGACAUGGGUCAAGCUCUGGUUCUGGUUGUGGAGCCUUGUUAACAGUCCGGCGAGAUUUAUCUGCGGGUAACUAUUCACCCUUCUUUUCGGAUUCUUAUGCAAAAGCUCAUCGUACGGAUAUGUUUGUGGACUAUCACAGGCUGCUGUUGGAGAAUGUUUUUCGUUUAGUCUAUACCCUUGUUAGACCUGAAAAACAAGAGAAGAUGGGAGACAAAGAAAAGGUAUGCAAGUCAGCUUCUUCUAAAGAUUUGAAGUUGGAUGGGUUCCAGGAUGUUUUGUGCAGUUAUAUCAAUAAUCCGUAUACAACAUUUGUCAGAAGAUACACAAGAAGGCUAUUUCUGCAUAUCUGUGGAAGCAAAACUCAGUACUAUAGUGUCCGGGAUUCUUGGCAGUUUUCCAACGAAGUAAAAAGACUAUACAAGCAUGUUGAAAAAUCUGGUGGUAUUGAAAAUAACGUUUCAUAUGAAAGGAGUGUCAAGAUUGUGAGGUCUCUUUCUACAAUUGGCGAAGUUGCCGCAGCACGGCCUCGGAACUGGCAGAAGUACUGUCUCCGGCAUGGAGAUGUUCUGUCUUUCCUGCUGAAUGGGAUAUUCCAUUUUGCAGAAGAAUCUGUUAUCCAGACUCUUAAACUCCUCAAUUUGGCCUUUUAUUCUGGAAAGGAUGUGAGCAGCUCCUCACAAAGAGCUGAGACAAAUGAUGUAGGCACAGGUUCAAACCGAUUAGGAUCUCAGUCGCUGGAGUCGAAAAAGAAGAAGAAAGGUGAAGAUGGAAAUGACUCUGGUUCGGAAAAGUUAUAUGUGGAUAUGGAAGGGGUUGUAGACAUUUUCAAUGCAAAGGGUGGAGAUGUCUUGAGGCAAUUUAUCGAUAUUUUUCUGCUUGAAUGGAAUUCGAGUGCUGUUCGCAUGGAGGCAAAGUCCGCCAUUUAUGGCUUGUGGCAUCAUGGAAGGCCAUCAUUUAAAGAAAGUCUGUUAGCGGUUCUUUUGCAGAAGGUGAGGCACCUGCCGGCAUAUGGUCAGAAUAUUGUUGAGUAUACAGAACUUGUCACUUUGUUGCUUGGAAAGGCUCCUGAAAACAACACAAAGCCAGCAAUUAAUGAACUUGUGGACCGUUGCCUUACCCCUGAUGUUAUUAGGUGUAUUUUUGAGACGCUUCAUUCUCAAAAUGAACUCAUCGCUAAUCAUCCAAAUUCUCGAAUUUACAGCACUCUGAGUAAUCUCGUGGAAUUCGAUGGUUAUUAUCUAGAGAGUGAACCUUGUGUUGCCUGCAGUUCUCCCGAUGUGCCAUAUAGCAGAAUGAAGCUUGAAAGUUUGAAGUCAGAGACAAAGUUUACUGAUAACCGCAUCAUUGUGAAAUGCGCUGGGAGUUACACCAUACAAUCUGUGACCAUGAAUGUUCAUGAUGCACGCAAGUCAAAGUCGGUUAAAGUCCUAAAUUUGUAUUACAACAACCGACCCGUCUCGGAUUUAUCAGAGCUUAAAAACAACUGGUCACUGUGGAAGCGUGCCAAGAGUUGCCAUCUCGCUUUCAACCAAACCGAGCUGAAGGUUGAAUUCCCUAUUCCUAUAACUGCUUGUAACUUCAUGAUUGAGCUGGAUUCUUUCUAUGAGAAUCUUCAGGCUUUGUCUCUUGAACCUUUGCAAUGCCCGAGAUGCAGCCGCCCUGUUACUGAUAAGCAUGGCAUCUGCGGCAACUGUCAUGAGAAUGCUUAUCAGUGCAGGCAAUGCCGCAACAUCAACUAUGAAAAUUUGGAUUCAUUUCUUUGUAAUGAGUGUGGCUAUAGCAAGUAUGGGAGGUUUGAGUUUAACUUCAUGGCGAAGCCGAGUUUCAUAUUUGAUAACAUGGAAAAUGAUGAAGAUAUGAAGAGGGGAUUGGCUGCUAUAGAAGCCGAGUCAGAAAAUGCCCAUAGGAGAUAUCAGCAACUCUUGGGUUUCAAGAAGCCACUUCUGAAAAUAGUAUCAAGCAUUGGCGAAAGUGAAAUGGAUUCACAGCACAAGGAUACUGUCCAGCAAAUGAUGGCGUCGUUACCUGGCCCCUCGUGCAAGAUAAACCGCAAAAUUGCUCUUUUGGGUGUACUGUAUGGUGAGAAGUGCAAAGCCGCUUUUGAUUCUGUAAGCAAAAGUGUUCAAACACUGCAAGGGCUUCGCCGAGUUUUGAUGGUUUACCUGCAUCAGAAAAACUCGAAUUUUUCUUCAAGUGCCUCGAGAUGUACAGUCUCAAGGACUCCAAACAAUUGUUAUGGCUGUGCCACUACUUUCGUCACCCAGUGUCUUGAGAUUCUACAGGUGCUAGCGAAGCAUCUGAGCUCCAGGAAACAGCUUGUUGCAUCAGGUAUCCUGUCUGAGUUGUUCGAGAAUAAUAUUCACCAGGGUCCAAAAGCAGCCCGUUCUCAAGCUAGGGCUGCCCUGUGUACUUUCGCCGAGGGAGAUCUGAAUGCGGUGAACGAGUUGAACAACUUAAUACAGAAGAAAAUUAUGUACUGCCUUGAACAUCACCGUUCCAUGGACAUUGCGCUUGCCACUCGUGAAGAAAUGUCUUUGCUUUCAGAAGUGUGCUCACUUCCUGAUGAAUUCUGGGAGUCAAGGCUGCGCCUUAUUUUUCAGCUGCUAUUUUCUUCCAUAAAAUUGGGCGCUAAACAUCCUGCUAUAUCGGAGCACAUAAUUCUUCCUUGCCUUAAGAUUAUAUCUCAGGCAUGUACACCUCCGAAACCAGAUGCAGCUGAGAAAGAGCAAACCAUAGGAAAAUCUACUACUGCUCAAGGUAAGGAUGAGAAUGGUGCUGGCAUCUCAAAAUCUUCAGAAACGAUAGAGAAUAACCUGGAUGCGUCUCAGAAGACACAAGAUAUUCAACUGGUUAGUUACUUGGAGUGGGAGAAGGGAGCAUCAUAUCUCGACUUUGUGAGGAGGCAAUAUAAAGCAUCUCAGGCCAUUAGAGGUGCCAGCCAAAGGUCUCGAGCCCACAGAUCAGAUUUCUUGGCACUUAAGUAUGCACUUAGGUGGAAACGGCGCACUUGUAAAACAUCUAAAGGUGGCUUAAAGGCAUUUGAACUUGGGCCUUGGGUCUCAGAGGUUGUUCUUAGUGCUUGUUCUCAAUCUAUCAGGUCAGAGAUGUGCACGCUGAUCAGUUUACUUUGUGCUCAAAGCUCCCCAAGGUGCUACAGGCUGUUAAAUUUGCUGAUGGGUUUGCUACCCGCUACCCUUGCGGCAGGCGAAAGCAGUGCAGAGUACUUUGAAUUACUCUUCAAAAUGGUUGAAUCAGAAGAUGCUCGUCUGUUCCUGACUGUUCGGGGCUGUCUGACAGCAAUCUGUAAAUUGAUCUCCCAGGAGGUGGUAAACAUUGAAUCUCUAGAAAGGAGUCUUCGGAUUGACAUUUCUCAGGGAUUUAGCCUUCACAAGCUUAUAGAGCUCCUUGGAAAGUUUUUAGAAGUUUCAAAUAUUCGAUCUAGAUUCAUGAGAGAUAAUUUGCUGUCACAUGUCCUGGAGGCCCUCAUUGUCAUCCGUGGGUUGAUAGUGCAGAAGACAAAGUUGAUUAAUGAUUGCAAUAGGCUGCUGAAAGAUCUCCUUGAUAGCCUGCUGCUAGAAAGCAGCGAAAACAAGCGGCAGUUUAUCCGCGCAUGUGUAUCUGGUCUGCAAACCCAUGCAGAGUUGAAAAAAGGCCGUACCUGUUUGUUUAUUCUUGAGCAGCUUUGUAAUCUGAUCUGUCCAUCAAAGCCCGAGGCUGUAUACAUGCUGAUCCUAAACAAGGCUCACACGCAAGAGGAGUUUAUCAGGGGAUCGAUGACAAGAAAUCCAUAUUCCAGUGCUGAAAUCGGCCCACUGAUGCGGGAUGUUAAAAAUAAGAUUUGUCAGCAAUUGGACAUGUUAGGUCUACUGGAAGAUGACUAUGGCAUGGAGUUACUUGUAGCUGGGAACAUCAUUUCACUGGAUCUGAGCAUAGCACAAGUAUACGAGCAGGUCUGGAAGAAAUCAAAUACUCAAUCUUCUAGUGUGUUGGCCAACUCCACGUUGGUAGCUUCAAGUGCUGCUGCUGCCAGCAGGGAUUGCCCACCUAUGACUGUGACAUACAGACUUCAGGGACUUGAUGGUGAAGCUACUGAGCCUAUGAUCAAGGAGUUGGAAGAAGAUAGAGAAGAAUCUCAAGAUCCAGAGGUUGAGUUUGCAAUAGCUGGUGCAGUCCGUGAAUAUGGUGGUCUGGAAAUUUUACUUGAUAUGAUCAAGCAUCUACGAGAUGAUUUCAAAUCCAACCAAGAGGAGAUGGACGCAGUUCUUAAUCUCCUAAACCAUUGCUGCAAGAUUAGAGAGAACAGGCGAGCCCUAUUGAGGCUAGGGGCUUUAAGCCUGCUUCUUGAAACGGCUAGGCGAGCGUUUUCUGUAGAUGCUAUGGAGCCAGCCGAGGGCAUUCUGUUGAUUGUCGAAAGUUUGACGCUGGAAGCAAACGAAAGCGACAGCAUCAGCGCCACACAAGGUGCUUUGACUGUCACUAACGAGGAAACGGGCACAUGGGAACAGGCGAAGAAGAUAGUGCUUAUGUUCCUGGAAAGGCUAAGCCAUCCUUCAGGUCUCAAGAAAUCAAACAAACAGCAGAGGAACACAGAAAUGGUUGCUAGAAUCCUGCCUUACUUAACAUACGGUGAGCCUGCAGCUAUGGAAGCCCUUAUACAGCAUUUCAACCCUUACCUGCAAGACUGGGCUGAGUUUAAUCGAGUUCAGAGACAAUACGAGGAGAAUCCCAAGGAUGAGAGCACUGCGCAGCAAGCAAUGAAGCAGAAGUUUACUGUGGAGAAUUUCGUAAGGGUUUCGGAAUCUCUCAAGACGAGUUCAUGUGGGGAGAGGUUAAAGGAUAUAGUUCUGGAGAAGGGCAUAAUAGCUGUUGCUGUCAAACACCUCAAGGAAAGUUUCGCAGUCACGGGACAAGCUGGAUUCAAAUCUAGUGCCGAAUGGCCAUCAGCUCUUAAGCUUCCCUCGGUUCCCUUGAUUUUGUCGAUGUUAAGAGGCUUGUCAAUGGGACAUUUGCCGACGCAGACUUGCAUUUACGAGGGAGGAAUCUUACCCUUACUUCACGCCAUGGAAGGAGUCUGUGUUGAGAACGAGAUUGGAGCAAGGGCUGAAAACUUACUGGACACGCUCGCCGACAAGGAAGGAAAAGGAGAUGGAUAUCUCGGAGAAAAGGUCCGUGCACUACGUGAUGCCACCAAAGAUGAAAUGCGGCGUCGUGCUUUGAGAAAGAGGGAGGAGCUUCUGCAGGGACUCGGAAUGCGUCAAGAACAUGGAGGCGAACGGAUUGUGGUGUCGCAGCCGAUUCUCGAAGGUUUCGAGGACGUAGAGGAAGAAGAGGAUGGUUUAGCUUGCAUGGUGUGCCGAGAAGGCUACAAACUGAGACCCACUGAUCUAUUGGGAGUCUACUCUUACAGCAAACGUGUAAACCUCGGCGGAGAAUGCGUUUACACCACCGUGAGCUCUUUCAACAUUAUUCAUUUCCAAUGCCACCAGGAAGCAAAGAGAGCAGAUGCUGCUCUGAGAAAUCCAAAGAAAGAGUGGGAAGGCGCUACCUUACGUAACAACGAAUCUCUUUGCAAUUCUCUCUUCCCCGUGAGAGGCCCAUCUGUUCCGCUUGCACAAUAUGUACGUUACGUCGACCAGUACUGGGAUAAUCUCACUGCACUGGGUCGAGCCGACGGGACAAAACUUCGCCUAUUGACCUAUGACAUUGUCUUGAUGCUGGCACGAUUUGCAACCGGGGCAUCGUUCAGGGCAGACAGCCGAGGUGGAGGAAGGGAAAGCAAUUCUCGUUUCUUGCCCUUCAUGAUCCAAAUGGCACGACACCUUCUCGAUCAGGGAGGACUGUCCCAGCGGACCAACAUGGCCAAUGCUUUGUCCUUGUACGUAUCUUCGUCCUCAUCAUCAUCGUCGUCACUAACGACGCCAUGGGACACUCGACCUUCAACUCCUGGAUCUCAGCCAUCCGGGGGAACCGAGGAGACUGUCCAGUUCAUGAUGGUGAACUCGCUUCUCUCCGAGUCCUACGAAUCGUGGCUCCAACACCGUCGCAUCUUUCUCCAACGCGGAAUCUACCACACUUUCAUGCAGCACACGCAUGGUCGCACAUCAUCAUCAGAGUCAGCAACCUCGAGCAAAACCGUAAAUCCAGAGGCUCUUUCAAGCGACGAGCUUCUCUCCAUUGUCAGACCGAUACUGGCAUACACCGGGAUGAUCGAACAGCUUCAACAAUUCUUCAAGGUCAAGAAACCAUCGACCGUUGAUCCGAACAAAAAGGAGGGAACAACGGUGGGCGGGGGGGAGCUCGAAGCAUGGGAGAUAGUGAUGAAAGAGAAAUUGAUGAAUGUGAAAGAAAUGGCGGGUUUCUCGAAAGUGAUGCUCUCGUGGCUCGACGACAUGAACUCUUCAACCGAUCUUCAGGAAGCGUUUGAUGUCGUCGACGUCUUGGCUGAUGUGUUGUCCGGCGGAUUUACACAAUGCGAUGAGUUUGUCCGUUCAGCGAUAAAUGUCGGAAAAGGCUGAGUUUCUUUUUUUUUUUUGUUUUAAUGGCCGUGUCUCUACGUUUUCGGGUGUUUUUGGCGUUUUGUUUGCGGAGGCAGAGACUGUCUUUGUUGUCAUGUUGUAUUGUGUAACCAGUAGUAGUAGUAGUACACGUAAAGCUCCUUUCCUUUCACACCGUCUUGCCCUCUUUUGGUAAUUAAUCAACUGAAUGGACCUCCUUUACUGUUUGGGCCUUUCA